GCCUUUCUGUGCGUGUCGGUCAGUCUUGCACCCGGUUUCUCUCCUCCAGUCCACAGCUGCGCACCAGCGAUUCAUCCUGCUCCUCCAGCGAAGGUUAGAAGGUUAACUGCCCCUCUUGAACCUCAAUAAUACGCCGCAGUUGAUUGAUGAUGUCGCCGAAUUUCCGCCUCUUUACCGAGUUAACCGAACGAAAGUGGAGGUUCAUAAAACAAACGAAUUGGAUUUCUCCACGAUGACAGCAGGUGCCAAACGAAGCAAGGUCAGGGACUGAUCAAUGCUGCUGCUCGCUUUGCUGCUUGAUCAAAAGGUCACUUCGGCAUUUCUUUGCAGAAAAUGGAUCAAAAUCCAAAAUGCAAAAACUGCCAAUUCCCUUGACGUGUCUCAGACAUUCUCAGCCUUGCUCUUCCACUGCUCUAGCCACCAUGGGUCUCUCUGGUUCCGGAGGGAAACUGCUGUUCAUCCUCCUCAUUAGCAGGUUGUUGGAGAGCGCUGUGCUCAAUGCCGAAGUAAAGGAGGGCGAGAUUCUGCCUCCUACCAUUCAGCGUCUGAUGAAAGGAUACAACAAGUACCUCAGGCCCUUUUUUGACAAUGGGCCGGUGACGGUCGGGAUGAGCUUGGACAUCGCCAGCAUUGACACCAUUUCAGAGAUCAACAUGGACUACACAGCAACUAUUUUCCUACGUCAGCGCUGGACGGACGAGCGGCUGGUGUUCGAGGGCAACAAGAGCCUGAGUCUCGAUGGGCGGCUGGUCGAGCUGCUCUGGGUACCGGACACCUUCAUCGUGGACUCGAAAAAGUCCUUCCUCCACGACAUCACAGUGGAGAACAGGCUCAUCCGCAUCUUCCCGAACGGGACCGUCCUCUACGCACUGAGGAUCACCACCACCGUGGCCUGCAACAUGGAUCUGACCAAGUAUCCCAUGGACAAGCAGACGUGCACGCUGCAACUGGAGAGCUGGGGUUACAACAUCAACGACGUCAUGUUCUACUGGACCAGAGGGAACGAGUCAGUCAGCGGCCUGGACACGCUGCAACUCGCUCAGUACACAGUGGAAGACCACUACACCUCUGUGUCUGAGGCCAUCUAUGAAACAGGUCACUACCCUAAGCUGGUGUUCCAUUUUGAGCUGAGGAGAAGCAUCCUUUACUUCAUCCUGGAGACAUACGUCCCCUCCAGCCUUCUGGUGGUCCUCUCAUGGGUCUCCUUCUGGAUCUCCUUGUCUUCAGUUCCCGCGCGCAUCUGUAUCGGCGUGACCACAGUUUUGACCAUGACCACUCUGAUGAUGGGCGCCCGCACCUCACUGCCCAACGCCAACUGCUUCAUCAAGGCUAUCGACGUCUACCUGGGGAUCUGCUUCAGCUUCAUCUUCGGCGCGCUCAUUGAAUAUGCCGUGGCUCACUUCUGCACCCUCACCUACGCAGACUCGCACAUGAUCAUGUACGGCCACCCGCUCCACGACCUGGACGACGAGAUCAACGGCAUCGUCACCACCAUCUCCACUCACAACAGGGCCAAGAGACGCAAAGAAAUAGCGACGCCUCCCCCCGCCCCCGCCUCCACAGAACUUACUGUCAAUCCAUCCAGCCCCUCGGGCAGCGAGGCGAAGCCUGAGGCGUCCCCUCCGGAGCCCACCAAUAGGUGCCUCACCAUCCUGGCCACCCUCCGCAAAGUGGUGCGCUUCAUCAGCUGCUGUCACAUAGACAACCCCCAUCACAUAGACAACUACUCCCGAGUCACCUUCCCCCUGUCUUUUGUCAUGGUCAACCUGCUCUACUGGACAUAUUAUCUCUACUUCUAGCACUUUGGCAGCAUGUGAGCGAGGAGCCGUGACAGAAGUGUAUUCUACUGUAUGUAUGUACAGUAAGUGUUCUUAUACUGUGUUCUGAUUUCGACAUACGGAUUCAUGGAAACUUGUCGAGAAGACGCUUGACGACUUUGCGGUACAGAAAUAUGUACUUGUACUUGAAUUGUGUCUCUGAUUUUCUACUGCUGGUAUCUGCCUUUUCUGGUUUCGUCUGCACCUUUUUUUUUCUCGCGAGUUUGUUUGAAACGUGCCGCUGUACAGUUUGUCUCGCGCUUCUGAUUUGCCAAUGGCGGCGUUACAGGAAAGCAAAUUAUACUCUCUACGCUGUGGUCAAUCGAACACAAAUGUUUAUUAAUUUACCGCUGAAAUGGAUUUUAUUGGUGUUGAAAAGAGAUGCUGGAGAAGAUGGAAGCAACUCUGUUGACGCCGGUGAUGGAUUUCCAAUACGAGAUGGAGUUGCCGUUGAUGCUCUCCGGCAUAUUUGGAAAGCGCUGCUUAAUUCUACUGAAAUACUGUCGAGGUGGGAAAGGUUUCCCUCUGAUAUGAUGUGACGGGAAAAGUCACCUUCAGAGAGACACACGGCUUACGAUAGGAAUCAGUGACUUUCAACUGAAUAGGUGCUUUUCUUUCAAUAACAGUAAUGUUGUUCUUUCCAGAUAAGACAGAGGGAACAAGGCAGUUUGCUCAGGCGGAGAAAUAAUCCGGUUCUUUCCAAGGAUCAUCUGGUCGUCUGGCUUUGUCUUAGCUUGACACAGGGCUGUCACUGGAUUAACAUUUUUUUAACCAGUUGACUUGCCAUUAACCUCAAAUUAGUUACACUUUUUUCCAUUUUAAAUGUAACUUAUAGUAGGAUUGUGUCCAGGCGAGAGUUGAAUUUGCAGUUCAUGGCCAGCUAACUCUGCUUUACUGCGAUUAUGAGAUACUAUUUUACCGUAUUGACAGCCCUAUUUUGACAUGCAGGAUGGAACGCACUCUGUGAUUGUACCCUUGAAUUGGAGAAACUGAGACCAGAGCUUUGCCAAAAGUGGUAUAUGCCAAUUCUAUACACGCGCACUGGUCAUGUAUCUAGGACACUUCCCAAAGAAAUAUAAGUGUAGAAUUCAGUCUGUUGAACAAUGAAGGAAAUUGAAAGCUUUCAUUGAUUUGCUCCAGAGCCCCUCCAGAGUCUCGUAGUCUCCAUUGGCACUUGGAGGUCAACUCAGCGUUUCAGACUCUAUCAGGCUUCCACCUUACGUUCCUCCUAAUGUGAGCAUAGGACAUUGUCCUACGGGACAAUGAGCUCCCUUCCUUUUAACCCGAAUUGGAGAAGACAGGUGGCUUUGUGUUCACUUCAACUCCUUUUCUUUUCUCCUCAGGUACCAUUUGGUGUGGUGCCACCCUCAAUGGUUUUGUAGUAGACUCUGCCGAACAAGGAGGAACAAGGGGGUUGUGUGUUGCGAUACUAGCGAUGGGUAGAUGAAGUGUUAUGAAACAGUAUUGGCAGUUUGGUGAAACAAUGUCCUGAUUUUCAGAGGACACUAGAUGGUGCUCUUGAUUCAGAAAUGAUGUGUCAUUUAAUGAGUUGUUGCAGUCCAAACAUUAUAUAAAACAGACAGCGCCAUCUAGUGGCCUCAGAAAAUCAGGACACUGUUUCAUGAAACCUCAUCAACCCUUCAAUACUGUGCCAUGAAACAGCUACCCAUCAUUACCACAUACUGUUAGCUAGUGUGUAGAAGAUUCUGGACAACCUCACAAUAGUUCCUGUUCCUGUCCUGCAAACUUCAUUUUUGCAUCAUUCUUAGUGUAUUUUUAAAAGAAGAGGAAUCUGCACGUCAUUUUAUGAAACUGUGCCGGUUCAAAUAUCUUGGAGUCUUGUUUGGGCCUGAGGGAAAGCUGGAGUGUGAGAUUGUCUAGAUGAAGAAAGAGCUGAGCCACAAGACAAAGCUCUCAAUUGACCAGUCAGUUCCUCCUCUCACCUGUAGUGAGGGGUGUCCGAAAGAUACUGACUGAGGGUGGCUGGAAUCCCUUAGAGAUAGUGAGCUGUCAUCUGAGAGAGACUCAGAAUAGCACCUCUGCUCCUGCACAACCAGAGACGCCAGCUGAGGUGGCCAGGCCAUCUACAGUUCCAGGUAUCUCCAACCAGGAGAGGCCCUGGGGCAGACCCAAGACACGUUGAAAACAUCAUGUCUGUUGGACUGGCAACACCACUGCGAUGGUUUCAGGAAGACGAAAGUCUGAGCCUGAAAUGAUUAGAAACGUCAUUGUUUUCUUGCCUUCACCGAGCGCUCAAGUCGAGAAAUACUCAACAUAAUGGAGGAACCUUUCUUGCAUUCCUUUUAUGGUGCAAACACACUAGGUAUGGUGUUAGAAUUAUGAAUAGAAGUCACCAUGUGUUGAGCGAGAUACAGAGCCAAAGACUCAAAUCUGAUUCGUCAAGUGUCCGAGAGGUGGAACCCGACUGUGAAACAGCAUGGAGUCGCUGAGCAAAAGUUCAUCUCCACACAACAUUGCACGUUUUAAUUGUUUCUCUCCGUUCCAAUGCAAGUAUCUACAUCUGAACUCAAGUAUUUCUGAUCUCUGGCAACUUUAGGAACAGUUCUUUUGUCAGAUCUCUGUAACAAGGUUGUUAUGGUUUUCUUGCCUGAUGUAAAUGUAUUUCUGUUUCUGCUCUUCCCGCACGUUUUUUUUGUUCUUAUUUAUUAAGUAAUUUAUUAAGAGGUGAGGAUGAUUCACAUCUUACAUUGUGAGAUGAUACAUUUUCUUACCACCUCUUGUUUGUACUGUUUAUUUUGUAUGGAAACGACUGGACUUCAGUAGCAGGUAAGCACUGAACCACUGAAAUGGUUUUAUGCAAUUUAGCACUGUGGCUAUCAGUUUCUCUUUUUUUUUUUUUUUUUAAUAAAACAAACUUUCUACGAGACAGAAAUCUCCUGAUGAAACUCUGGACAGAGUUUUAUUUCAAUACUACGGGACUUCUGAAGUCAUUGACGGAUGUCAAGGGACGGAUUACCUCGAGUUGACGUCAAGCUUACGGGCAGUUUUUGGACGUCUACAUGUGAAAUGUAUCUAUGAACUGUAACACCAUGGUGAUGUAAAGACACUGGUUUGCCCUGAUGUAAAUAAAUAAUAUGCAUGUCUCCUUGAUGUAUGGAUAUGAAUGAUAGCAAUAAACUA